CAUAUAAAUACGAGCUGCAUCAGUCUAGUGUCAUCAAGUUCAGUGCUACAGUUCCCUCUCUCACUACUAAUCGUUGGGCAAUUCCUUGUUUUGGUUGGGAAAUCUCGAAUCCAAAGUCAGUACUAAGUCGGUUACGUUACAGAUAGGAAGUCUCUCUAGGAUGAAGUAUUUCGUAGGAGCUGUUAUGGUGGUCACGUUGGCCUUUGCCAACGGCAACGUCGUUCCGUUGCAUCGGCAUACAAGGGACGUUGGUGGUAGUGCGGCUACUGCGGGUUCCCAAUCGGCUAGUGGUGCCGGAGGAUCGGGAGCUCAAAGUGGAAGUGCUGCUUCUUCAUCUUCCCAAUCGUUCGGUCAGUUCCCACAGCUCGGUGCACCGUUCGGACAAAUGCCAUUGUUUAACCCGAAUCAAUUUGGACAGUUCGCACAGUUUCCGCAGUUUGGACAAUUGCCAGGAUUCGGUUCCGGAUCAUCAAGCGGUGCCUCAUCCACUUCGUUCGGCCAUGGAGGUCACGGUGCACAGACAGGAUCGCAAUCUGGAUCUACAUCAUUCUCGUCUGGUGUUGGAGGACAUGGUGGUUCGGGAUCGACGGCUGGUUCACAAUCGUUCUCUUCCGGAGCAGGUCACGGUGGACAGAGUGGAUCAGCAUCUUCUGCUGGAUCGCAAUCGAUCAGCAGCGGACACGAUCAUGGAGCACAUGGAGUAGUUGGAACCGGUUCGCAAGCCGGGGCACAAUCGACUUCUACUGGGCAGGGUCAUGGUGGCCAUGGUGGUGGUGUUGGAAGCGGUUCCCAAGCCGGGGCACAAUCAACUUCUACUGGACAGGGUCACGGUGGCCAUGGUGAACAUGGAGCAACCGGAUCGGCCUCGCAGGCUGGUUCUCAAUCAACUUCCUCUGGACAAGGCCAUGGUCAUGGUGACGCAAGUGGUUCCCAAGCCGGAUCCCAAUCACAAAGCCAGGGUCCAUCUUCCUUUGGACAUGGUGGUCAACGGACAGAAUAUAGCCAGCAGGGAGAUGGGUUCGGUGUACGAGUGAGCACUGAUGAAUCAGCUGAUGGAACCAAAAAGAAGUCCGAAAGUGAAGCCUGGGUGUGGCAAAACUGAGAAACGAUUGAUGAAAUAAACACAAAAUAUUUCCGAUUAA